GAGGAUCCGGGCAUAUUUCCCAGAAGUCCUGCCAGCCGUCGCCGGGAAACGGUUUGUUUUUGCCGAGCUGCUGCGUUCAUCUAGUCCCGACACCGAUACCGGACCACCUCUCCCGCUCAUUGGACAACGCCAUGCUUCAACAGAAUCUUCCUCUCAACAGUGAAAAGUACUAGUAUUUUGGACUCAAAGUCACCAGGUAAAGGGAGGACACUCGAUGUUACCAGUUGUUACAAGAAAAAGGCUGAAGCAUCACCUCCUCUCUCUAAGCCAGAAACAUCAAGCUGCACCCAUCCGUGAGAGUGACGACUGUUUUAAACCCAACAGGAGAAGCGGAGGUUAGGAGCCUGAUCAGGAACCGGCCGGUCCCCUUUCCUUGCGCGCCCCAACACACGAUGGAUCCAAACUCGCGUCGACAACAAGUGCGGCGGCUGGAAGUUCGGCUCCCGUAGGGUUUCCCAUCCGAGAGGGCAUCUAUAACCAGCCCAAGCUACUUUCACACGAGUCCAUUGAGUUAUUUUAGAUAAAGUACAUUUCCUAUAAAAACGGGACACGUUCAGACCCCCCCACACCCGUCGGAUGCCACAUUACCAUCUGCUCUAAGGACAUCUUCAGAUCAAUGCCAACCGAGAGACUUUAUCACUAUGCAGUCUAAGAAAGAACGCGAUCUCUUGAAGAAAUGCGAACGUCUGUUGAUGUUGUGUUUUUUCGUGUACCUCGCGUUUAUGGCGCGCAGUUACAUGUCAAUAAUGCCGGCUGUUUUGAACCAUCUGGUCGGUUACAGCAACAGCAGGGCCGAAGUUUCUAACUCUGGAAAAGCUGAAAACGCGUCCCUCGUUCGGCGCUCUGUCCUCCCCCGGAACGCGACGUCUCGGCUUGUCCGGCGCUCGGCACUCCCCAGGUACGACAACUUGGUUCCCGACUCGGAGAACCCGUCCGCACGGUUUUACGCCACCUGGCGGGUGGACGCCGCGACGCAGCCGGUAAACAAGUCGCCGUCGGACCGCAGGAAAGUCAUCAUCUGGAACCCAACGUCCCGAUGGCCGACUCCGGGUGCCAUCCCCUGCCUCUCCUUACCGCAGUGCGAGUUCGUCAGGAAGAAAAGGAGGACGAAAACUGCAGACGCGGACGCCAUAAUCUUCCGCGGCAUCCGCGGCAUCCCGCAGAAGUACCGCCGCAGCUGGUUCCCCAAGACCCGCCCGGAGCACCAGAUCUGGGUCUACUUUCCCUUCGAAUGCCCGCAUCUCACCAAAGGCAUCGACCUGGUGACUUACGCGGGCGUGUUUAACUGGACCAUGUCGUACCGAAACGACUCCGACAUCCUGGCUCCCUGGGGCCACAUCACACAGGUUUACAAAGCGCUGGCCGAAAACCCUCCCACUCCUGACAAAGACUACGCCAGACAGAAGAACAGGCUGGCCAUUUGGUACGUGAGCGACUGUUUCCAGUAUCUGUCCCGCACCAGCUACGCAGCAGAACUCAUGAAACACGUCCGAGUGGACGUCUUCGGGGCCUGCGGAAACGCCAGCAAGUGUGUGAAGGGGGACAGGGCGUGCCUCCGCGAGCACGUGCGGCAAUACAAGUUCUACCUCGCGUUUGAGAAUUUCCGGUGCGUGGAGUACAUGACGGAGAAGUUCUGGCACAACUCGCUCGACUACGACAUCGUCCCGGUCGUGUACGGUGCGCCGAGGGAAGACUACCGAAGGUUCGCCCCUCCAAACUCCUUUAUUCACGUAGACGACUUCGCCUCCCCCGAGGCUCUGGCAAACUACCUAAAACAUCUCGACAAGAACGACGACGAGUAUAACCGAUAUUUCGCCUGGAAGACGAAUCCUCCCAAAAACCUGCCCGAGCUGUUUGAGUCGCGGUUUUGUGACGUGUGCAGGAAGCUGCUCCGGGCGGCUCCGGCGGAGAGGAAAGUGUACACGGACCUCGACAGGUGGUGGCGCGGAGAGAACUACGAGUUGUGCGAGCCGAUCGUCUGGGAAGGAUGGCAUAAGCGCAGAAAACCCAAACAUGCAGCGCAUUUCACAUAAUGGCUAAGCAAAUAGCCAGGUUACCAGACCUAGUUUAGCUCCCUAGUCUAUAUCCUCUGUUCCUUUGGUCAUUUACAUAAUGUGUAAUAAAGCUGAAAUCUCAGAAACUCUAAUGAGCUAACCCUGCCAGUCAGUCGUACUGUUGGAGUCAGGAAUAGUUCUGUACCAUCGCUGUUGCGACUCCUGAACACUAGCAAAUGAGCUGGAAGAAGUCGAGACUGGCUUAUGCAAAGGAAACCUGAUAGUUAUGUAUAGAACUGUGUUAUAUUUUAAUGUUUUAACAUUGUACUGUUAACGCUUUUUAUUGUGAAAUGUUUUUUCAAUGAAUGAAUGAAAGACCUUUAUUGUGCGUUUGUGCUCUAACAAGCUAAGUACAGGUCAUGGAUGACAGGGAAAAGAAUAUAGCAAUGACACUUUAACAAACUAUACAUACUAAUGUGAUCUACUAUUUACAGGUUCAGCUUCUUCUAGUUUCUUGACGCAGUUCAAGCUGUACGAACAUAUUGAGCUAAUGAUACAUGGUUUGUCAAGUUGCAUGAGGAAUUCGAAUUUUUCUAUUCUGUCUAAAUGUCUAAAGCU